AUGUGGAAUUUCGUCACGACUUUUAAGAGUGUCUGUUCGCUGUUUACCAGGCGUAUUAGCCUUGAGGCUGAGCUCGACGAAAAGAAUUGGCGUGUUCGCUGGGAAGACAUAAUGUAUGAACCACUGAAUCGACAUAAACGGGACCCGAUGGGAAGUCGACAGAGCAUUGCUCGGAAAGGACUGUUCUAUCUCUAUCUCUAUUUUCGUUGUCUUUCAUCCAUCUUUUUUUUCUGCCAGUGUCAUUUAUCUGUCUCUUUUUCACUGUGUCUUUAUUCCUCUUUUUCUUUCCGUUGUCCUUUAUCUCUAUAUCUCUUUCUUUUUUUUUUCCUUUUCCCUUUGUGUUUUAGCCCUCUCUUUCUUUCCUUUGUUCUAUAUCUAUCUCUUUUCCCCCUUGUGAUUUAUCCAUCUCUUCCUUUCCUUUGUUCUAUAUGUAUCUCUUUUCCUCCUUGUGAUUUAACCCUCUUUCUUUCAUUUGUUCUUUAUCUAUCUUUACUUUGA